AGCAAUCUUGUGGGAAUUGGGAAUGUUUUUUUUCGACGUAAUGCUCUCCUAUUUCAUUAAUCGAAAUGUCAAUGCUGACACUCAACUUCAUAUGUUAAAAUUUGAGAACAAAAUAAUAAGGAAAUUAUGCAAUUUUGGGAUACUCUAAGGUCUAAAGUGAUCAAAACCCCUGAUAAGUCUGUUCGAAUAAAAGAUGAGAACGCUGCUAGAGCAACUAACCCACAUAUAUCGCCAGAAAAUGUGAAGCAGAUAGAAAUUGAUCAGAGGUCUACUAUCGAUGAAGAAGCAGCAGAAUGGGUUAAUGAAAGUGAACAUCCAGAGAAAAAAAUAUACUCAGUAGAUUCAGAAGAUCCGAGAAACGUUAAAAUUCUAUAUACCACUAAAAAACUUCACUGGACGAACGUCCUAUCCAAUAUUAUAUUAAUAGCUGACAUUCAUCUCUGGAGACUGACUUUGCUUUGCUUCAUCUACACCGAUUACGUGGUUAAGAUGUAUCAGAUAUGCUUCAUCAAGAGACAUCACCUUGACGCAGUAUUCUACAUAGAGGUCAUCACGGAUCUCUUGUUUUUCUUGAACUAUGUCUGCCUGCUAACGAUGUUUUUUUGGAAGAGACUUCAAUUACUGGUCCGACAGAAGAGGAGUAUUUACAAACUUGUUUUUGAUGGAUUCCUCCUUUUGCCUUACCAUAUUUUCUACUACAUUGCUACACGAGAGGAAAAAGUGUCCUCUGCUUAUGCUGGCUUGGCAGCGAUAUCCUUCUUACGUCUUUACUACUUCGAGGAAUAUUUUAAUGAAAAGGGUAAAGAAGCCGGACUAAAACACUGGAAUUACUUUGUGGCGAAAUAUAUACUCCAUCUAUUCUGGUUUACGCACACUAUCGCAUGCAUUUUAUAUUUACUGGCCUGCCCAUUUGAAUGCGAACAACCUACUGGUUGGGGUUAUGUCAUAAAAACUAAAGAACCUACGAUUGUGUGGUAUAUAUAUGCUUCCUAUAUGGCGUUCAUGAAUUUGUCCAACAGUGGAUUCAGUGAAUUCAUUGCUACGAAUCACAAGGAGCGGAUAGUGAUAUCCAUAACGAUGUAUUGCGGAUUUGCCAUAACUACGCUGAUCCUUAUAGGAGCCCUGAGUUCAGAUAUGGUCAUCAAACUUUUCCGUCUAGCGAAUAUCAGGAUUCAGUUGAAUGCUAUCAAGAAACAUUUGAAAAUGAUAGGAAUGGACGAAUAUGAGAGCAAUCAGAUCAUGAGCUAUUAUCGGCUGUUCUGGAACAAGAAGAAAGGCGUGAAAGAAGCUAGUGCCAUCAACUUGUUACCACUUCCUUUGAAAAUGGAGAUAUCUUUCGAUAUUAAUUACUAUUUACUUCAGUGUUCGAUGUUGUUCCGGGACAAACCAGAGCCGUUCUUGAGAACACUCUCUCUAAACAUGAAGCACGAAUUUUUCCAACCAGGAGAGAUAAUAUUUAAAUGCAACGUUAUCAAAUAUAAAAUGAUAUGCGUUGCUUCUGGUAUUGUUGAAGUACUUUCGGAUGAAGAUUAUGAGAGUCCAAUUAUAUCGUUUGGUAAAGGGACAGUGCUUGGAGAAGCUGCCCUUAUCCUGACUUUGCCCGCGAAAACCACAGUUCGUGCUGCGAAUUAUUGCGAGUUGCAGGUUCUCUACAAAGUCGAUUUCGUUCAAAUCAUCAAGCUCUUUCCCGAUAUCUACCUGCAGCUACGUGAAGCCAUACUCACAAGGAUAGAUUAUUUUAGACAUGAUGAAUACAUGAUAGAAUUCGAGUCAAAGUUCACGACACUCAAUCUAUAUGUAUCCCAGAAAAUGAAUUUAUCUGCCAUCAAGAGGGUGAAGAAGAGACUAUUAGGAGAACACUUCGAAGAUAUGAUACCAGAAAGCCACCAGGCAUGUGAUCUUUAUAAAUACGCAGAAAACGUGAAGAAGAAGAAAGGAAGAUACAUCGCUCUGACUAGCAGAUUCCCUUGGAUUUUAUCACCAAAUUCGUCAUUUUUGAGGGUUUGGGAGUUCAUGAUCUUGCUGGACGUUCUUACUAUUGCUUUCUUGUAUCCUUACUUCAUCUCAUAUCACAGAGGAUUUCCUUAUGCGAUCGCUAAUGCCGCCAUUAUUCUUGAACUCUGCUAUCCCGUCGAUAUAUACAUUAUUUUGACGACAGCUAUCGAAGGCAAGGAUUUUAUCAUCAAAACAUUUACGCAGUUACUUCAUUACCAUCUGAGAUCUUUCAGAUUCCAUUUGGAAAUUUUAUCUACUCUUCCAAUCGAAUAUUUCUUCUUCAGAAGCAGCAACCACGUGUUUUAUACCAUGAAAUUAAAUCGUCUGAUCAAAUGCUACAGAAUAUACACUUUCUUCAAGAAAACUGAGACUCAGUUCUUAGUUUCCAAUAUCCUUGCUUUGAGACUGAUAAAAUAUGCUAUUUUCAUAAUUCUCGUCAAUUAUUGGUAUGGUAUUCUACUUUAUUCCAGUACUUGUUUCUCACCUUUAUGUUUGAGUGAUGGCUGGUACAGACAGCACUUGAUCAAGGACCAGAAAUUGAAAUUAUCAAGUCCAUGUACCAGUUAUCCGACUCUAAUGUCUACAUAUUUUGGACUCACAGUCUUAUCUACGUUGGGCUACGAUGACAUCAUACCAGGAAAUAUUCAAGAUAUGAUAUUAAUGAUCGUGGGUGUUAUAUGUGGUAUUUUUCUCUUUGGAUUUUGUACUUCUGAGCUGUCGGCCACAAUAACUUACAACAUUCAGAUGAAGAUCAAUUUCCAGUCCCAAAUGUUCGCGGUUGAAAAAUUCCUCAUUGAUAAUAAGAUGAGACUUUCCAUCCGAUCCAGGGUAAUGAAAUUUUUCGAGUUGCAAUGGUAUUAUAAUAAAGGAGUUUACUUCUGGAAAAAUUCACUUCUUUACAAUGCAACUACGAAGAUUCAGAGACAAGUCACAUUCAAGGAACGACUGGAAAUCAUCUCCAAUUUAGAAUUCUUCAAAGAAGCGGAUGAAGAGUUCGUAGAAUUGAUAGCUACCGAUUCAAGAACCAUAAUUCUACCACCCGGAGAAAUAAUUACAUAUGCUGGAGGAUCUAGCAGAGAUAUGUAUAUAAUUCAGAGGGGAUUCUGCAACAAGGAAACUGAGCCAGGAAGUAAUGAAACACUGGGACCCGGCACCCAAUUUGGAACAAGAAAUAUUCUUCUGGGAUGGCCUAAUCUCUAUAAAAUAACGACGAUAACCCACGUGAAGCUGAUAGCAAUAAGCGAUUCUCUCUAUAAUUCUGCCAUAUCUUUAUUUCCUAAGCAGAACGCCCUAAUUCAGAAGGCUGUUCCUCCGGAAAGUCUGGGUUUUCUCGAUGAAUGUAAGGCCAAUUGGGCCAGAUGGGACUACAAGACUUCUCCUAUGAGUGAAUCGAAAAUAAGGAAGGAAAGGCUGAAUUUCAAGGAAUGGUUCGAAAAAGCAGUAGCGGAAUCCUUCAUCUACGUUCCUGAUUACUGCUACACACACGAAGAAGAUUACGAACAGCCUUUCGAAGAGCUCGGUUUCUUCUACAGAAUAAAAUAUGUUUUAUUGCCUGUUUGCAUUCUGCCUCAGGGAUGGUUUCUAAAAAUUUGGAUUGGAAUCAGGAUCACAACGUCCAUUCUAUACGCACUCUUGAUUCCGUUUCAACUGAUACAAGCUCCAUAUAUUCCCGAAUUGGAUCCACUAAUGCUCAUCCUAGACAUUAUAGCUUAUAUAGACUUAUACCUGAUGCUUCUGGUUGGUUUUUACGGUGAUGUGAAUCAACUGGUCAUCCACCCAUGCAAAACGUCAGCCCACUAUCUGAAAGGUUCGUUCAUUAUCGAUGUCAUCAUAUGCUUCCCAUGGGAAUUGAUUAUAAAAUUCUUGGUCCCCGAGCAUAAUGAAGGGCAUUCGGAUUUUGGACACAAGAUGAGUCCACAUUGGAUGCACUGUAGUGUUCGAUUGGUCAAGAUAUUCCAAGCAUAUAGACUUCCCAGUGUUUUCAAUCACCUCGAAAUGAAUAUCAGAACGAAGGGAUUAUACUUGCAAGUGCUCAAAUUCGUUCCCUUCACAAUAAUAUUUUUGAACGUUUGUGCGGCUAUCAUAAUGAUUACCAGCUGCAAAUAUUAUCAUAUAACAGAAUUGGAUCCAAAAUUCAUUGUUGGCUCGAUUGCUACUCCUCCCGGUAUGGGAAGCAAACAAAUUAGAGAAUACACGAUGUUUUGCAAGAGAGAUUGUUGGAUAGAAAGAUCCACCUUUCAACAAUAUCAUACGCCGCAGUCUAUAUACAUGUUGGCGAUUUACUGGACAACUUCUACUUUAGUUGGUGCCGGUUUUGGCGAUUUGACCGCACAAGAUAUAGAUCAUCUCAUUAUCAUAUCUAUAAUGACUAUGUGUGGGGUGUUCUUUUUCGGAUAUGUUUUCGCCUACAUUUCGAGUUACACAUCCGAUUUACAAAGCGUUUUUUCAAUAUAUCAAGGAAUGGUGACCGAAAUGAAGAGAUACUUCCAGAUAGAAUCCACAUCGAAAAUGGUCAGAGAGAUUAGCUUGGCGAAUGCUUCGUAUAGAUGGAACAGAAGUGAAGGAAUGGAGCCCAAUAAAAUCCUUUCGAUAUUGCAUCCAGCUCUACACGAAGAUUGUGUGCUACAGUUAUACGAAAACACUUUGAAAGAAAUACCCUUAUUUGAAGGGGUGGAUAGAACUUUUUUCCGUAUAGUCGGAAAGUCUUUGAGAGAAAGAUAUUAUAUCAGAGGAUCCUACAUAUUCAGAGAAGAUGAUGUUAUAGAUACGAUUUACAUUGUUCAUAGAGGAAAGCUCGAAAUAAAAUUUUAUCAUAAUUUUUAUGAAGAAAUGGUUACUUCCAUCGGUGUUGGUGGAAUGCUAGGAAAUAUUGGAAACCAUUUGAAAUCAAGAAUGCUUUCAACGGCUAUAGCUCUAACGAACAUGGACACUUUAUACAUGAAGACUGAAGACUUCUAUCGCAUUUUGAACAAAUAUCCCGAAGUCAAAAAUAAGAUUGCCUUGUCGUUCGCUAGGGAAGAACACAAGGAUUUUUGCAUACCCAUAACGAUGAUUGAUGAAGAAUCCGAUUCCCUUCCGGAAGUAGCUUCUGAAACCUCCGUAGAUCCCGACGAUGAAUCCCUGAAACCUGUUCCUUCAUUCGAAACCUCCCUGUCCGGAUCCAUUAAAUAUAGACGUAAAACGAAGGCCAGCAAAGAUCUUAGACUUGAAGGAGGACUCAAGGUUGUGAGAACGGAGCUCAUGACACUUCUUUUCGUAUUCACACCCAAACGAUGGUUCAAUAUGGUGAUACUUCCAGAAUCUAAAGUUUUAUAUGCGUUAGUACUAAUUUGUGUUAUUUGUGGAUAUGUUAAUGCCAUAUUGGUAACUUAUCAGUUCGCCUUUCAAGAUUUCAAUUUUUGGUGCAUUUUAAUCAUGGUCCUUUUCGAUGUGGUUCACCUUUGGAAUACAUUCAUGGAGCUUCACACGGCAUAUUUGAAUCGUUUCAGUGAUUACGUAACAGAUAACAAAAGGAUUAAGAGGAAAUAUUUCUCGAGAAGGAAAAAGAGGAUAGUCGACUUCAUAGCAAACACACCUUUUCCAUAUGCAGUAUUUCUUUUACCUGUUAUAUUCGGAGUAGAACCAUAUACUGCUUUCUCUUUCUUGAAAUUAUUCACCCUUUUGAGAAUUUGGGACGUCAAGGAAUUUUUCAAUUCGAGAUGGACAAACCUGAUGGUGGAUCGCUUGGUACUCAAGCUUUUCUCCGUUUUCAUUUGGAUAACCUUGAUGAUUCAUGUAUUCUCCUGUGUCUGGUAUAUGUUUGCAUGCCCAAUCUUUAUUUGCUACACGAAUUCUUGGGUGAGGAUUUUCUACGAGCGACCUCGGUCUCAGUUCGAGAUAUAUGUCAUCUGUGUUUAUUUCAUAUUAGGAGUUUCAACUAAUACUGGAAUUGGAGACAUAUUACCAGGAAGAUAUAUUGAGAUAAUUUUUCUGAUAAUAUUGAUGUUAACAGCUAAGUUCAUGAUAGGUAUAUUUAUUGGUAUAGCGGCCAAUAUCGUAAGUUUACAUUCAUCCUUUCUGACCAGAUAUGAAGAGAGAAUUUAUGAAUUGAGGGACUAUCUACUCAACGAAAAUGUGAGCGAUCACCAAAUGGAGAAGAUGUGGAAUUAUGUCAAACAGUUGUGGACUAAAAGGAAUGGCAGACAGAUGCCAAGAAUCAUAACUGAUACAAUGGCCUAUACGAACCAGUGUGCUUUGAAAUACGAUGUCUAUGGGGAGGAAUUACGAAAUUCGUAUCUUUUCCACGAUUUGCAAGAGCCAUUUCUAAGACAACUCUCCAAUAAUAUUAUGCCGGUUAUGUUUUUUCCGGGUAAUUACAUUGUGCAGCAUGGGGAUUCAGAUCAAUCCAUGUAUUUCGUUCAUCGUGGUCAGAGGAAGGGAAAGAGAAAUGGCCCUGUUUAGAACAUCCCUGAAAAUUCAAUUGAUUACAUUAUCGAAAUUAUUAUUGAAGAUGUGGGAGAUGAAGUUUUUACAAAAUCUGAAGGGGUAACAAGAAUGGAUAGAUGGAGGAAUUAUGAUGUUAGGGGUGACUUGUUGUUGGAGGAUUAUAUUGGAGAAAGGCAAUACGAUGAUGGGGGCAUUUUUAGCGAAUGGAAGAAGAAAGACCAGCAACACACAUAUGGGAGGCGAAAGUCGACAAUAAAAGGAGAAGAGGGAGUCUGAGACAAAGUUGGGAUUAAAUGGUUGAAAAGGAGAUUGAAAGAAGAGGAAAGAGAGUCGCAGAGGCCAAGGCGUUGGCAAAGGAAAAGUGGAAACAAUUUAUCAUGUUCCAGUUGUUUGUCCUAUUCAAGUAUGCAUGAAUAAU